AUGACACCAAGACUCCCGGUUAUCUUGAGCUCCUCCAAGGACUGGGAUCUAUGGUACAAACUGAUUCUAUCCUUAGCCAAAGACGAUAAUGUACUGGAAUUCAUCGAUGAUAAAAGUCCUGAGCAUAUUAGUCAAUUAGCACGGCCCUCCCCCCCCGAUAUCCCCACUGAACUUACUCCAGAAGCAAUAAUGCGAUGGAAAAUGGAGAACGCACAAUAUGACAACGAAAUGAUGAAAUAUCGGGUGAAGGUCGAUGGUGUAAACAGGAUCAAACAUGACAUCCUUGAAACAGUGGAACCCAGAGAGCUUGAGAUGGCAUUAAUUGAAAAUGAGCCUAUCGAUGUCAAAAAGCUUUUAAUUGCUCUCAAAAAGAGGUUAUGCCCAAGCAUAGCGGAGUGUCAGUACGAGGCACGUUUAAGAUAUGAGAAUCUUCGCAAACCGCCUAAAAGAGGUUUAAAUAAGUGGCUAGAUGAGUGGAUGUUGAUUGAACAUAAGAUUCGACGAGCAGGAAUAGAAGGGAACUUUGAUCUAUGGCAGGACUUCUUUCAUGCCAAUCGAUCAAUCGAUAACGCGUACGUCACUUUUCGAAAAAAGAAAUUUGAGAUAGAGGGAAAAGGGAACUCCCGCUUCGCAGAUAUGGUCGAUGACUUCCGAGCUGAAUAUUCCAGGAAAAGAUUGCUUGAACUUGGGCGUAUCACAUCCGACAUCCCACAUUAA